AUGUCGUUUACGUUUCGCUUGUUAAGCUUAAGGUCACCAGUAAUACGAUUUUCUCACUGGUUGGUCAUGAUCUUUACCCUUUGGAUCUUGGUGGAUCUUUGUGACUAUUCAAGGACUCAGAUCAUGACCAACAAAAUCAGAAUAAGAAAAAUUAUAUGUCGAACUACCUAUCACUAUCUUAUCCUCAGCGCCAGUUCUACUUCCAAGGCAAUAUCAGCGAGCUUAUCGGAUCCAAUUUCUAUUUCGGUACAACUUUGUCAUGUUUUUCAGUUUGAUGAACAGAAUCAGAAAGAAGUAAGAGCAAUGAAUAAGAACAUUAAAGUAAGAAAGAGUACGGUGAAGAUUCAAGAAUAUGCUGAAUCUCCACGAGAACAUGCUGAGUCUUUCUCCUCCAUUUACCCGAACAAACGAGCAAGCGGACGUCGACGAUGUCGAACUUCGUGGGUUUAGGAUAAGGCACACUCGCAGGGCGGAUCGCAAUGAGGCUGCCCAUCCCUCGUGUCGUCAUCGUGUAGUCUUUCGUAGAAUCGAAAUGACCCUUUCGGAGGUAAGUAAGAUGAAGCACGUCACACAA